AAAACGACAUAGGCUUAUAAGGCUUGAUGUAGUGAAUGGGGAUUCGUUUAAGUGUGGCGGAUCCAUAGACAGUAACAGAUCGGAUUCGGUCGGAAACCGCGCGGUUACGUGAUUACGUAACAUCCGUCAAAAACAAAGUCAGGCGCGAAUGGUAGUGUUCGCGGAUUAGUGGUUACAAUAAAUGAAGAUUGUUUUAGAGACAGUCCUCUAGUCGUCACGGAUUAUGGAUCGUUCUAAACGGAAACGGAAACCUUCGCUUCGAGCCGCACAGAGCCUGUCAACGAAACGGGAAAGUAAACGAGUUAGCGAAAGAACUAGCAUCAACCUUGGCGGAGCUUUCGAGCGAUGGAGACAGCUCAGAGAUCUCAUGGGAUUUAAGAGCGACCCACAGCUGGCUUUCUUCUUGCUGGACAGGGUGUGUGGUGAACCUCUUUCACAAGACAAUUCCAGUGAAACUCCGAGAAAGAGAGGAAAACGGCAGAAGUCAACAUCCGCGCUGAAAUCUGAGGUGACACGGAGCAAUUCACCUCAGCCUAGUCCAGAUCCCCAGUCCACAGACGUUGAGGUCCGUGGGAUCGGCUACGACGUCCCUCCCCUAUGGCUUUAUCAGCCGGAUAAACAAGCACAUCCUGAACGACUAAUGGAGGAUGGAUCAGACUCUGAUGUCAGGAUGGGUUACAACCAGGAACAAAACUGCAUGAUGGAGCAGAGUUCCUCUUUGAGCACAAAUACGGAGGAAGACUACGCAGUGCUCUGGGAGGAGAGAAAGGAUGAACUCGCACAGACUACCCUGCGAUUGGAGGAACGCUUAAAUGCUAUGAGAUCUUUGUCUGAUACAGCAUCUGAUCCCAGUUCAAUGACAGGAGGGAUAGUAGACCCGAAGGAAACAAAAUGGGUGGUCAACAAAUCCAGUUUGACGGGACUGUUCAGAACCUGCCACCAGUGUGGAGAGCCGGUUCUGGAAUUUAAAACAUUAACAUCUGGAAGUCUGAUCCGGAUUCAGUGGGAAUGCUCAAAGGGACAUCUCAUGUGGCUCUUCCCCAACCACAACCCAACAUAACACAAAGACAGGGAUGAAUGUACUGCAGUUUGUCUCGCUUUGUUUGAACGGGAAUGUAAUAGAAAUAAAGCUAUGCAAAAUAAAAAAAGUUGGAUUUUUUCCAAA